AUGGAUCCAAUUCCAUGGGACCAAGUCAAGGCUGGGGAUCUGGAUGCCUUGCGGGUCGCACUCUUCUCGAGUUCGACCUCGCGCAGGCUCCGUGCCCUGCAAGAACUUCGCGAUAGGAGCGGGACCGAAUUGUCUCCGGAAUCACAGCAUGACAUCCUAGCGCUACUUUUCCAGACCUAUCCUCUCUACGUCGACCGAUCAUCUCGACAGGCCGUCCAACAAUGUCUCCGCUCGCUCCUCCGCACCCCGAACGCAGCGGAUCACCUUAAAUACCUGACUGAGAAACUCAAGACAGAAGCGGCCAAGCCAGGGUUGGCUUCAACGUCCGGAUUUGUCUUGCUGGAGUGGUGCUGUAUUCUCUUGCAGCAGGUCAGUGAGGAUGAGGCCACGCCCUUGGCAGUCGUGUUGGAUUUGAUCGCGGUGGAUGCCAAGGCUUUGGAGAACUGUUUCGCCCAUACGCCCAAGGUUCCAGUCAUACAAUCAGCUCUCCGGGUUACUAGGCGGGCUCUACGGACGGCGUUCUCCUGCCAGACAUGGGGUGAGGAUGCUGUGCGCCAGUCAGUUAGCCGAUUGACCACAGAUGCCGCAGCCGGCAAUAAGAAUGCGUUGCUGCUUGGUGUCAUCUCCGGAGUCUGUGCUCGACUGCCCGCCCGCAAACCGAUCCUAGAGCAGUCUAAGAAGGCUAUUCUGGACUAUUAUGUCAAGGAGAUCGUGAGCUCCAAGUCUGUAGUGCCUGCUCACGUGGCCAAUGGCUUGUCGGAUUUCUUCAGUUCCUUCGUGACCGCAGAGGAUGUGACCACCGAGUUGGUGCCUCCAAUGGAGAAAUCCAUGCUCAGAGCGCCGGAGGUGAUCAUGAACGGUGUGAUCCCACCACUUUGUGCCUCCCUCCCGGAGGACAUUGACCUCUCAGAGGUAGUCCUCUCUCGCCUGUCGAAGCAUCUGCUCUCCAGCAUGAAGUCAAACAAUGCGAUAAUCCGACAAGGGGCUGCUGAUUCAUUCAGAUCAUUAGUUGCGUGCUGUAAAACGGAUACCUUGGUCUUGAAGAUCACAAGUGAGAUCGUUGGCCCUCUGAAGACCCAAAAGAUCACUGCCCCCGAGCACCGAGUCGCCUAUGCUCAAGCCAUUGCCGCUAUUCCGUCAUCUGCGGAUGUUUCUAAGGAGAUCGUUCAUGGAUUCGGCCCCGUCUUCACAAGGGAGUCCAAUGAAGCUGCUCUGGAGGAGGAACUGAAAUCAUUUGGCAAGCACCUUGCUUUCCUCAUCCAAUCGUCUGUCAAGGUCGGCGACGAUGUGAUUAAUGCUGUUGUUAAGGGCAUUUCCGAUAAACGAGUGCCAUUCCGAAAAAUCUGGCAACUUAGCGUGGGAGAGGUGCUCUGGAAAUCUGAUGUCGCUUCUCUGAAGACUGCCGAAAUUGAGCCAUUGGUCACCAAAUUCCUGGCUAAGAUGAAGGACAUGUUUGGAGAGGUUGCCUCAAACCCGCUUCCUUCGGCACAAAGUGGCGCUUUGUCUUCUGCAUAUAUCUUCCUCGCGCUAUUCGAACGUGUUUCGGAUAUCGGUGGCUCAGAAAAGGCUACAUGGGAAGAAAAGGUCACUCAAGCUAUGACCAUGGGCUCGAAGCCCUCUUUCCUCCUCAAUCCCAAGGCUUACUCGAAGGUCACAUCCCCCUUGGAGAUGCAGUGGCUGGUCCGGGCUCUGGCUGCCGUCACAUCAGGCUCUAAGUUUGUUGGCGCCGAGGACACUGCCAAGGCGGCUUGGGCCCAGUCCUUUAUUUAUACUAUCACCGGUCCCGCUAUGGCAACAAGCUAUCGAGAGAGCGCCGUGGAAUCCUUGUCCACGGUUUACAUCAAAGACGUGGUGUCUAUCGGCCCUGUUAUCAUCAGCGCUCUUUGGUCCUGGAUUUAUUCCUUCCGGACUGCGGAGAAAGAGUCGGCUGCUGUGUCGGCUGGGCCUGGAAGUGAACGUCUGCUCCACCUUGUCUUGAAAGCUUUGUGCCCCUCCUCUAAGGCCAGAGAAGGAUCCGGGAUUGCUGCCUCGGACAUUGAAAGCCAACUGAUCAAUGUACUUGUUCUCGGCCGGCCAGAGAUGAUCCCGAACUGCUCAUGGAUUGACUUGUGUCUGAGGAGUGGUGUUGAUCCAGGAAACCUGGUUCGUGCUCAUCCCGCCGAAUGUAUCGAGCAGUUGGUCCGCGUCAAUGCAGACCCUGUGCAAUCUAUCGUUCCCAACGUCAAUGCCGCGGUCUGGAGCGCAGCAGGUGAUCUGGCCUUUGUCGCACCCGCCGUCAUGGUUCCCCGCAUCGUCGAUCAGAUCAAAGAGGACCUGGAUGGUGCCCGUCUAUCCAAGUUCACUGCUACCGAUGCCGCCAUUGCCCGCACCCCCGAGGGAACCGCGUUCAUCGACGUCUUGAGUAGCAAGUCGAAGCAGCCAGCCUUUGACAAGAACACCAAGGACUAUGACACACUGAAGUGGGAGGAGGAGCUGCGAGCUCAGCUGGCCGAGAAGAAGGGCCAGAAGCAAAAGAGGCUUUCUGCUGAGGAGCAGUCCAAGGUGAAUGCUCAACUCGCAAAGGAGGCUAAGAUUCGUCAAGAGGUCCUCCAGGAAGUCAAGCGCAUCGAACGCGGAGCUGGCCUUGUUCGGGGUCUGGCAACCGGACCUGCCAACGAUGCCGAAGGAUGGAUCAACGAGGCUGUUAGCUGUCUGCUUUCCCUUUCCCGGGCAGGUGCUGGACUCUUCGUUGGCGAUGUGGUUUCGCAAGCUUAUAUCACAUGCUCCAAUGAGUUGUCUUCGCGUCUGGGCAACACCCGGCCAUUUGUGGGUGUUGCAACCUUGCGUGCCAUUGGCAGGACCAAUUUGCCUGCAGAGAUGGAAUCAGAGCACCUUGGUCAGCUCGUAACCAGAAUCCUGUACCGCCUCCGAUUUGCUUCCGAGCAGCGCCCCCUGGAUAUCCCCUCUCUCGCUUACAUCCUGCCUUUGGUCUUCCUGAUCUUGGGCCAGAAUGGAAUUGAUGAGGUUAAGGGAGACCAGGAAGGUGAGCAGGUUCUGCUUGCUGUCGAAUUUUUGUCAUUCCACACCAGCUCUUUCACCGAUACCCGCCUCCCUCGCGUUGAAGUGCUACAGCAGCUUCUUUCUGGUAUGCAGAGAUACACCCAGCAUUACAAACUGAUUAAAGAUACCCUGUUUGAUUUCUGCCGUUGCAUUGCUCCUACCAUCACCAGCGAGGAGCUCCAGACCCUCUUGCAAGGCACGAUCGUUCCCGACUCUUCCGUUCGGACUUCUGUGCUCCAGGUCAUUGAUGCUGAAAUUGAUCUGACGGAUCUUGACUUCUCGGAACAUAUCUGGCUGGGUUGCCACGACCAGGUUGAGGAGAAUGUCGAGCUUGCUGAGGGCAUCUGGGACGAGAAUGCCUUGGAAGUGGACGAAACUGCCUUCUCCAAGAUCAUUAAAUACCUCGACUCUGAGGACAGCCAGCUCCGCGGAGCUGCUGCUCGCGCACUCGCUCACGCCAUUGAAUCUGACAAGAGCAAGUUUGCCGGUAUCCUGUCCGAGCUUGAGGCCAAAUACUCCGAGGAAGUCAAGCCCAAGGCCCCUGAAAAGGAUGCUUAUGGCAUGCCAAAGAAGAUGGAAAACACAGACAACUGGGUCAGCCGCAGCGGUAUCGCGCUGGCUUUCAAUGCAAUGACAAACCUCUUUGAAGGCGAGCAGAUCAUCAACUUCUUGCAAUUCUUGAUUGAGCGUGGUCCCCUCGUUGAUAAGAACGCUUCUGUGCGCAGCCAAAUGGCAGAGAGUGGUAAAUCUGUCAUUGCCGAGAGGGGUCAGCAAAAGGUCGAGGAACUCAUGAAGCUCCUCGAGACAGUUCUGGAGACUUCGGACAAGGCCACUCAGAGUUCCGACCUUCUGAACGAGGCAGUUGUUGUGCUUUACGGAGCUUUGGCCCGACACUUGAAGGCCGAGGACCCUCGUCUGCAGACAGUCGUCAAGAAGCUGCUCGCAACCCUGCCUACUCCCUCGGAGACUGUGCAAUCCGCUGUGUCAGAGUGCCUGCCUCCCUUGAUCAGGCUGUCUGGCCCCAAGACUGCAGAUUAUGUACAGGAGAUGCUCGACUCGCUGCUGAACGUCAAGGAUUAUGCUACUCAGCGUGGUGCGGCCUAUGGCCUGGCUGGUAUUGUCAGUGGUAAGGGUAUCUCGACUCUGCGCGAGUUCCGCAUCAUGAGCCUGCUGAAGGAGGCCACCGAAAACAAGAAAGAGCCGCAUCAGCGACAGGGCGCCUUGCUAGCGUAUGAGCUGUUUGCAUUCGUUCUCGGACGCACCUUCGAGCCCUAUGUCAUCCAGCUCGUGCCUCAGCUGCUCGCCGGCUUCGGUGACCCCAGCAUUGAUGUUCGUGAUGCCUGCCUGGAUGCGUCUAAGGCCUGCUUCCAAAACCUCAGCUCAUACGGUGUCAAGAAGAUUUUGCCCACCCUGCUUGAUGGUUUGGAUGACACCCAGUGGCGUAGUCAGAAGGGAGCUUGCAAUCUGUUGGGUGCCAUGGCCUACCUUGACCCUCAGCAACUUGCUGCUAGCUUGCCCGACAUUAUCCCUCCUCUCACUAUUGUACUCAAUGACACCCACAAGGAGGUCCGUAAUGCUGCCAAUCGCAGUCUCCAGCGCUUCGGUGAGGUCAUCAGCAACCCUGAAGUCAAGAGCCUAGUCAACGUGCUCCUUAAGGCUCUGAGUGACCCCACCAAAUUCACUGAUGAGGCCCUUGAUUCUCUCAUCAAGGUGUCUUUCGUGCACUAUUUGGAUGCGCCUUCGUUGGCUCUGGUUGUUCGUAUUCUUGAGCGUGGUCUUGCCGACCGCUCCGCCACCAAGCGCAAGUCUGCCCAAAUUAUCGGCAGCUUGGCUCAUCUUACUGAGCGUAAGGACCUCAUUGCACACCUGCCGAUCAUCGUUGCUGGUCUCAACCUGGCCAUUGUUGAUCCUGUUCCCACUACCCGAGCCACCGCUUCCAAGGCUCUGGGUUCGCUCAUCGAGAAGCUUGGUGAGGAUGCUCUGCCAGACCUGAUCCCCAACCUCAUGAACACUCUCAAGUCGGAUACUGGCGCUGGUGACCGACUGGGAUCUGCUCAGGCACUUUCCGAGGUGCUUGCAGGUCUGGGUACUACCAGACUCGAGGAGACUCUGCCAACUAUUCUCCAGAAUGUGUCCAGCUCCAAGCCUGCUGUUCGUGAAGGCUUCAUGACUCUGUUCAUUUUCUUGCCUGCCUGCUUCGGUAACAGCUUCGCCAACUACCUUAGCAAGAUCAUCCCGCCUAUCCUUGCUGGUCUUGCUGAUGAUAUCGAGUCGAUCCGGGAGACUUCCCUCCGCGCCGGUCGCCUGCUUGUCAAGAACUUUGCAACCAAGGCCAUCGACCUGCUGCUUCCCGAGCUGGAGCGUGGCUUGGCCGACGACAGCUAUCGCAUUCGUCUCAGCUCCGUCGAGCUGGUUGGAGACCUGCUGUUCAGUCUUACUGGUAUCAGCGGCAAGUCAGAAGCCGAGGAAGAGGAGGAGGAAGCCACUCAGGCUGGUCAAUCCUUGCUGGAGGUUCUGGGAGAAGAGCGCAGGGACAAGGUUCUCUCGGCCUUGUUCAUCUGUCGCUGCGAUACUUCGGGCUUGGUCAAGAGUGCCGCUAUGGGUGUCUGGAAGGCCCUGGUUGCUUCACCCAAGACCCUCAAGGAGAUGGUUCCCACUCUGUCCCAGCUCAUCAUUCGUCGUCUUGGUUCGUCCAACAUGGAGCAGAAGGUCAUUGCUUCCAACGCCCUUGGCGAUCUUAUCAAGAAGGCUGGAGAGUCGGUGCUGUCCACCUUGUUGCCCUUGCUUGAGGAGGGUCUUCAGACCUCUCCCGAUGUGGAUGUUAAGCAGGGUAUUUGUAUUGCUCUGCGCGAGCUUAUCACUGCUGCUACUCCUGAAGCUCUUGAAGAUUACGAGAAAAUUCUCAUUUCUACUGUGCGCGUGGCUCUGGUUGAUAGUGAUGAGGACGUGCGCGAGGCCGCUGCCGAGGCCUUCGAUGCUCUGCAGCAGAUCUUGGGCAAGAAGGCCGUUGACCAAGUCCUGCCUUACCUGCUUCACCUACUGAGGAACGACGAGGAGGCUGAACAGGCCUUGUCUGCCCUGUUGACUCUGCUCACCGAACAGACCCGAGCCAACAUCAUUCUGCCCAACCUUAUCCCUACGCUGCUUACGCCUCCCAUCACUGCGUUCAAUGCCAGGGCCCUGGCGUCCCUGGCCGAGGUUGCUGGUGGUGCCAUGACGCGAAGACUUCCCAAUAUCAUCAACGCUCUCAUGGACGGUAUCAUCGAGACCGACGAUGAGGAACUCCAGUCAGAACUUGAGACUGCCCUCGAUACCGUGUUGGUGUCUGUGGAUGAAUAUGACGGUCUGAACACUGCCAUGAACGUGAUGAUGACUCUUGCCAAGCACGAUGACCACCGCCGUCGGGCCAAGGCUGCUCUUCACCUCAACAAGUUCUUCUCGGAUGCCGAGCUGGACUACUCGCGUUACCACCAGGACCUGAUCCGCGUGCUGUUGAUUUCGUUCGAUGAUUCAGACAAGGACGUUGUCAAGGCUGCCUGGACUGCUCUCAGUGGUCUCACCUCUCACUUGCGCAAGGAGGAGAUGGAGGUUCUGGCGGUCCCUACUCGCCAGAUCCUGCGUCAAGUUGGUGUUGCUGGUGCAGAUCUGCCUGGCUUCAGUCUUCCCAAGGGUAUCAUGGCCAUCCUGCCGAUCUUCUUGCAAGGCCUUCUCAACGGAACCCCCGAUCAGCGUACCCAGUCGGCUCUCGCUAUCGCCGAUGUUAUCGACCGUACCGGAUCUAACUCGCUCAAGCCUUUUGUCACCCAGAUUACUGGUCCAUUGAUCCGUGUUGUGUCAGAACGUUCGGUUGAUAUCAAGUGUGCCAUUUUCUUCACACUCAACAAGCUGCUGGAGAAGAUCCCGCUGGCUGUCAAGCCCUUCUUGCCUCAGCUUCAGCGCACCUUUGCCCGUGGUCUUGCCGAUUCCACAAGUGAGACCCUGCGUAACCGUGCUGCCAAGGGUCUUGGUAUCCUGAUCACUCUGACUCCCAGAGUCGAUCCGCUUAUUGCUGAACUCAUUACUGGAUCCAAGACUACUGAUCUCGGUGUCAAGAAUGCCAUGAUGAAGGCACUCCAAGAGGUGGUCGGUAAGGCCGGUGCCAACAUGAGCGAGGCAUCGCGCACUGCCAUUCUUGCCCUGAUCGAUGAUGAUGCUAGCAAUGAGACUGAUUCCGUUGCUAUUACCAAUGCUCGACUGCUUGGUGUGCUCGUAAAGGUGAUCCCGGCCGCAUCUGCGGUCCCUCUGAUCAAGCACCGCGUUCUUACAGGACAGUUCUCGCACGCAUCUAUCCUUGGCCUCAAUGCUCUCCUCGCUGAGGCUCCUGCCACUCUGAUGGAGAACUUCGCCGUGGAGACCCCGACCGCCAUUUGCCAGGGUAUCGCGCACAAGGACCCCUUCAUUUCCGACAACAGUGUGCUCGCUGCUGGCAAGUACCUGCUGUCCAAUGAUGGUGACCACAGCUUCGAGACGCACAAGGCCAUCUUCGAGGCUUUGACUGCUGCUCUUCAGCCCGGAGGUCCCGUCGACACCCGUCGACUGACCCUUGUUGUCAUUCGUACCGUCAGCCGCCUGCACCCCGAGCUGACCCGCCCCCACCUAGCUCUCCUUGCACCGCCUAUCUUUGCCGGUGUUCGUGAUCUGGUCAUUCCGGUGAAGCUAGCCUCCGAAGCCGCUUUCCUGUCCCUCUUCUCUGUCGUGGAUUCGGACAGCGAAGUCUUUGACAAGUACAUGGCUGGCCCCGGCGCUUCGCUACCUCCCGGACCCAAGCGUAGCAUGUCUGACUAUUUCAAGCGAGUUGCUAUGCGACUUGCCACUCAGGCCCGCGAGCGUCGCGUCGCCGAGGGUGGUGUAGGUGGUCUGGGCUUGUCGAAUGAUGAAGUGGAGGAUGAGACGGAAGUGUGGAGUAUUGGCAAGGUGGAUCUGGGAGAUGAUUCAUUUGGCGAUGACUGA